GUGUGUCGCGAUGGGGAACCGGGGGAUGGAGGACCUGAUCCCGCUGGUCAACCGAAUGCAGGAUGCGUUCUCCGCCAUCGGACAGAACGCGAACCUGGACCUGCCGCAGAUCGCGGUGGUGGGCGGACAGAGCGCCGGGAAAAGCUCCGUGCUCGAGAACUUCGUGGGGAAGGAUUUUCUCCCGCGCGGCUCUGGCAUCGUCACGCGCCGCCCGCUCGUCCUGCAGCUCAUCAACUGCCCCACAGUGUAUGCCGAGUUCCUCCACUGUAAGGGGAAGAAGUUCACGGAUUUCGAUGAGGUGCGUCAGGAGAUCGAGGCGGAGACGGAUCGAGUCACAGGCCAGAACAAAGGCAUUUCUCCCGUGCCCAUCAACCUGCGCGUCUACUCGCCUAACGUGCUGAACCUGACUCUGGUGGAUCUGCCAGGAAUGACUAAAGUGCCGGUGGGCGAUCAGCCCGCAGACAUCGAGCAUCAGAUCAGAGACAUGCUGAUGCAGUUUGUGACCAAAGACAACUGCCUGCUGCUGGCCGUGUCGCCCGCAAACUCUGAUCUGGCCAACUCUGACGCCCUGAAGAUCGCCAAAGAAGUCGACCCGCAGGGUCUGCGCACCAUCGGUGUGAUCACUAAACUCGAUCUAAUGGAUGAAGGGACCGACGCUCGGGAUAUCCUGGAAAACAAGCUGCUGCCGCUGCGGAGAGGUUACAUCGGUGUGGUGAACCGCAGUCAGAAAGACAUCGACGGGAGGAAGGAUAUUAACGCUGCUAUGGCGGCGGAGAGGAAGUUUUUCCUGUCUCACCCCAGUUACAGACACCUGGCCGACCGCAUGGGAACGCCGUACCUGCAGAAAACCCUCAACCAGCAACUGACCAAUCACAUCCGUGACACGCUCCCUGGGCUGCGUGCUAAACUGCAGAGCCAGCUGCUGUCCAUCGAGAAGGAAGUGGAGGAAUACAAGAACUUCCGUCCAGACGAUCCGUCCCGGAAGACCAAAGCCCUGCUGCAGAUGGUGCAGCAGUUCUCGGUGGACUUCGAGAAGCGCAUCGAGGGUUCAGGAGAUCAGAUAGACACGGAUGAGCUGUCUGGAGGAGCCAAAAUCAAUCGCAUCUUCCACGAGCGCUUCCCCUUCGAGCUGGUGAAGAUGGAGUUUGAUGAGAAGGAGCUGCGCAAGGAGAUCAGCUACGCCAUCAAGAACAUCCACGGCAUCAGGACGGGCCUGUUCACCCCCGACCUGGCCUUUGAGGCCAUAGUGAAAAAGCAGAUCCAAAAGCUAAACGGGCCGUGCCUGAAAUGUAUAGAUAUGGUCGUGAGCGAACUCGUCUUCACCAUUCGCAAAUGUAGUGAGAAGCUGGCCCAGUAUCCCAUGCUGAGAGAGGAGAUGGAGCGGAUCGUCACGCAGCACAUCCGCGACCGCGAGAGCCGCACUAAACAACAGGUGCUGCUGCUGAUCGACAUCGAGCUGGCGUAUAUGAACACCAACCAUGAAGACUUCAUCGGAUUUGCCAAUGCCCAGCAGAGAAGCAGUCAGAUUAACAAGAAGAAAGCGGCUGGUAAUCAGGGCCAGGAUGAAAUCAUGGUGAUCAGGAAGGGCUGGCUGACCAUCAAUAACAUUGGCAUCAUGAAGGGCGGCGCUAAGGAGUACUGGUUUGUCCUGACGGCCGAAUCUCUGUCCUGGUACAAGGAUGAUGAGGAGAAAGAGAAGAAGUACAUGCUACAGGUGGACAACCUGAAGCUCAGAGAUGUGGAGAAGGGCUUCAUGUCCAGCAAACACAUCUUUGCCCUGUUCAACACUGAGCAAAGGAACGUGUAUAAGGACUACCGUCAGCUGGAGCUGGCCUGCGAGACUCAGGAGGAUGUGGACGGGUGGAAGGCGUCGUUCAUGCGUGCCGGCGUCUAUCCUGAGCGCGUGGUGGAGAAGGAAAAGAGCGACGCUGGAGACGAGAACGGCUCGGACAGUUUUAUGCACUCCAUGGACCCUCAGCUGGAGAGGCAGGUGGAGACCAUCCGAAACCUGGUGGACUCCUACAUGGGCAUCGUCAACAAGACCGUACGAGACCUGAUGCCCAAGACCAUCAUGCAUCUGAUGAUCAGUAAUACGAAGGAGUUCAUCAAUGCGGAGCUGCUGGCUCAGCUGUACUCGUGUGGAGAUCAGAACACGCUGAUGGAGGAGUCGGCCGAACAGGCGCAGCGGCGCGACGAGAUGCUGCGCAUGUACCACGCGCUCAGAGAAGCACUGAACAUCAUCGGGGACAUCAGCACCACCACCAUCUCCACCUCUCUGCCUCCGCCUGUGGACGACUCCUGGCUCCAGGUGCAGCGCACGGGCUCCGGAGGAAGGUCUCCGGCAGCCAGCCCGACCCCUCAGAGACGGGCCCCUCCUCCGGGGCCUCCUGCACGCCCAGGUUCUCGUGGUUCGGCCCCGGGGCCCCCUGCUGCCGGCGGGCCACCUGUUCCCUCUCGCCCGGGAGCAUCUCCGGACCCCUUUGGCGUGCCUCAGGUCCCGUCCCGGCCUAACCGCGCUCCACCCAGCGUGCCCAGCCGCGGAAUGUGAGCCUCUUCCGCUGGAGUGAGUGCAGUGGUGUGGAAUUACAAUCAGUGACCAAUGAGGACUAACGCUUCUGCCGGCGACCCCCAGCAUCACCUACUCGACCCAACUGACCCACAGACUCCUCCCUCUUAUACCAUUAACCCCUCCCACACCCUGUGACAGACAGCGAGGACAGACACACCCAUUCAGCCAGAACCCCUCCCCUUCCUGCUCCUCAGCUCACACACACAUUAAUACACAUCAUACAACUCUAUAACCCUCUGUCACAGUUUAACUUUCGUUUCACAUAAUCCUGUCAUCGUCAAACCAAAACCAAUACUUGAGGAACUACUGACAUCUUGAGAGCUGGAAGGUUAAAAACAUUUAUUUAGGAAAGGUAGCUCUAGAACACAACACUUUUAUGAACUCAAACUCUUUGACAGAUGGUUGAUGAGUUAUACAUCACUGUUUAUCCUCUUUAUUUUAAAGAAUGAGCUUGACAAGAAAAGAUAGAUGAAUGAGCACAGGGUUUGAUAAAUGCAUUUCUGUCACUUUAUUUACUUUCUGUCAUCUUUAAGCUUCUUUUGGCUAGCAGAUGCUUGAUUUGCUGCUGUUUAUGGAUGCAUUAUCUCUCCAAAGUGUGCUCUGGAGUCUCAUGAUAACUGCAUCUUCUGGAAUGAGCUCGUGUGCUUCUGUAUUUCUGUUCAUUACUUCGGCUCUUUUUGUUUUUGUUUCGCAUGUGUGUCGGGCUGCAGUGGUCCCUGAGCUCACGGGCCAGAAGACGACACCAGACUCCCCGAAGGCCGGUCAAACACAGGCGGCCCUUCUCGCCCCGAGAGCCCCUUUUCUCCACGCGACCCUUAGCAUCAUUUCUUCUUCUGUUCCUCCCCACAUCGAGUAAAACAACCCAAACCCACCAGCACAAGAGAAACAACACCAACCAGAAACCUUCCAGAUGUUCCCUGCAUCCUCGGCUGGAGGAACGAGUUUCUCUCUUCGGUGAAACCUCCUUCAAGCUCACUGAUCAAACCUUCAAGAAACUCGUUAUAAAGGGAUCGUUCACACAAAUAUUCACCCUCAUGUCGUUUCCCUUUUUCUGUGGAACACAAAAGAAAAUAUUCUGAAGCACUAAACGGUUUCGGGUCCCACUGACUUCCAUAGUUUGGACAAACAGUACUGUGAAAGUCAAUGGGGCCCAAAACGAUUUGCUAUCUGUUCCAGAGCCAUUUAUUCCCCACACUGCAAACAAUCCCAAUUUUUGUCUCUUUUUCCAGUUCAAAGGAUGUUCAUCUACUUGGAAACCUGAAAAAAGCACUAAAACAGGGAUUUCCUUGCAGUGCAAACCUUGUGCCGAUGUAAAAGCUCUCAGGUACGAGGACGUGUGUUCACUCUCAGACAUCACUCAUUCAUUCACGCACCUUCAUGUCAUUUUAAACACAGCAGUGCAGUUUUCGGGUGAACAGACGUUCUCGAGUUCGGUGAGAUGCUUGCGUGUUUACAGCUGAUUUAAUAAACGAGUAGAGACUAAUGCUGAAGACUGUUGAGCGUUCAGGAUGGUUUUCCACACGCAGGCUGUGUUUGGAAUUGAAUACUUGCUUACGGUAUACACUUACUGUACAGGAUAUACUGCUUACUGUAAUAGCAUGCAGAAGUGCACUAUUCAAUGCUAAACAGUAGUAUGCUACAUUGUCGACUCGUUGCAUGUUUAAUUUUAGUUAUUUUUGCAUUUUUAAGUCUGAUAAAUUUGCACAUUUUUGCAAAUGUAGUCCAUAAUUUGGGUAUUCAUGCAGAUCAUUUGCACACUGUGCAUACUACAUACUGCAAAAAUAGUAACAGUAGUGUAUUCUGAACAUAGCUGCAUAUGAUUAAAGGUGCUGUAAGCCAUUUUUAUUUUAAGCACCACAUCAAUUAAGUUUCUUAUCGGAUAGAAAUGAUAUUUUUUAUUUAUUUUUUUGCUGGGAUAUUAAAAAUAGUUUAAAGCACCUUUAAACGCCACCAAUGGACAUUUUUCAUGUGUGUGGACAAACUGUCCCUGUGCAUUGAAAUUAUGCAAAUGUAUGUCAAGUCUGAUUUUCCUGUCUGUAAUUUAAGGUUUAUUAUGAACAUCAAGAUCUAGCGAAAACAAAACGUUAAAUAUCACUGCUGGUCUAUGCAUAGAAAUCAUUCCAGUUUGUUCAGGUGUUGUUUUUGUUUUGUUGAAAAGGAGAAAAUAUGAACACACCCCUCCACGACGGUGGACUGUAAUUCUGUCGUUUGUUGUGAUAAUUCUGAAGAUAAUAAAGCCCCUGUUGCUGAUCGUUGACGUUGUGGCAUGACCAGACAGCUUCAUCUGUACCGUAUAUCAAUAUACCGUAUUUCUGUCUUCAACAUGCACACCAGACCUUCCCAGAAUCCACUCGGAGUCUUAGUAAAACCCACUAACCAGAAAAGAUUUACCGUUAUUUAAGAGUUUGUCAUGGACAUCCUAUAUCUUUGUGGUGCAUUUAUGCAAAUUGUGCUUCCACUGUUUAGAGACUAGUCCACGUGUAUGAUUAUUGAAUAUUAAAUUAUUAUGGGUAAGUGAUUUAUUUAAAUUAAGCUUAUGUAAUGGAGUGUGUGGAGGAAUAAAGCGGGCCUCUUUCUGUGUUUGGACAGAAAGGUGUUACAAUACUGAGUGUGUAACGGGUGAAUGAGUGAGUGAAUGUGUGUAACGUGUUCUGCUCUGCUUGGACGAGUCUGUCAAGCAGGACUUUGUCAUCAUUAAACUUCAGUGUACUGAAA